AACUUGCCUAAACCAUGAACGAAACAGAAUGCAAGGAUUGCGUCUCGGAUAACCACAGCAAAGUUUCCAGCGCAAGCACAUCCAACCUUUCCAACAUUACCACAACCUCUGUAGGCUCUCUAGAAUUAUUCGAAACCAUGAUUGUCCAACCGAUUGGCCAUUCGAUUCUUCAACUUUCGUCCAAACACAAAAUUCUCAUCAUUUCCAUUAAAUGGUUUGGUUGUCCAAUGUGCCAAAAAUUAAUCGACAAUCUCGAUGAAUACCUCCCUUCUUUACUAAUGCUCAACAUUAUUCCUGUCAUUUGCCAUCAAGAAGACGAAACCAAAUUUGGAAAGCACAUUUCACAUACGAAACUGUUUCAUUGUAAAAUUUCAACACAAGCCAAGAGGAUGCUGUUGAUUGACAAGGCAAGUGUUGUAAAGCACAUGAAAGCCAUGCCAACGAUUUUGAAAUUACUUGUCAAGGAAAAGAGAAAAUUAUUUUUGCCUUCGCUGUCAGAAAUCAAAGAUAUGGAGCUGGUGUCAACUUUUGGGAUGCAUAUUGUGAGGAAUGGACAAGUGGAGACUAGUUAUUUUUAUAAGAAUUUGUUGGAUAGACCUGAUUUGGGUCAGUUUGUGUUUAAUCUUUCGAAUAGAAAAGAAGAAACGAUUCAGGAAGAAGGAGAUGAUAAGGAAAUGGUAAUUUCGUAUAAGAAGAGUGAAAUUGAAGAAGUGGAGCAGUUUUUACCUAAUCUUAUCAAGCUAUACCCAGAUUUGAAGAAAGUUUUUUCAUCAAUUCGGCAAAAACGAGUUCAAUUACCUUCUAGUGAACUUUCGAAUAAUUUACAAAUAGGUCAGCCAACCUCCUCCACACCAACCUCACCUACCCUUCAAGUUCCACAGCCAGCUAACGGCGGUAGACCUUCCACAUCAUCAGUUGGCUCAUCCUCUUCCUCAAUUUCCACAUCUUACAUUAGCAUGUCAAAUGUCCUCGAAAAUGCCACAAUGAGAACUUAUUUCAAAGCUCACUUGAGUAACAUGUACAGUUUGGAAUUGGUUUUAUUCCUCGAACAGGUGAAUAUUUACAAAUUCCUUGUCAAGUCAUUGAAAUCUCAAUCAACUUGUCAAAAUUUACUUUCGUCUGAAGAGCAAAUUCUUCAGGACAUUAGUUUGCCAGCAUCUGAAAUGGUAACAACUAUCCCAGAGUAUGAAACUAAAGCUAGAUAUAUUGUGGAAACAUUUUUGAAUGAUGAAGCCAUGUUUCACAUUAACACGAGUCGAAAGUUGACAGAUAGAAUGAAAACCCUAAUUGAAGAGAAGGGUUUUAUUGAGGAAUUAUUUGAUGAGAUUGAAAUGGAUGUGAAAACUUCCAUGUUAGUUUAUUUAUUUGCAUCGUUUAGACAAACUACAUUGUUUACUGAAAUGAUGCAACGAUUUAAAAAGUAAAAAACUGAAUAGUUUU